UCAUUGAACGCCACGGUGCCAUUGGCCGAUGUCAGCUUUUCCCAGUUGCCUGUAAUGAGUUGCGCAAACUUGAGUGCCGGGAAUGCAGCCGCCGCUCCCACCUGAGGUGGUCCGAGAGCUGGUGUGUUCCUGUCUGCUCAGAGAUCCUGUGGCGGCCGAUCUUCGCUGCAGCCUGUUUGUUGCUGCUGCCCAGAACUACAAGAAGGAUUCUUUGCUUCGCCCCUUCCCUCCUCGCUAUGUACACGACGACAUUAAAGACUUUGAUGCAUUGUUGGCAGAUGUGAACUCCUUUCCAGGUGUGAGAGAGUUAGUACGACUGCAGCCAGGAGAGGGAGAGCACCAUGUGGCCCUUGCACACUGGAUCCUCUCUUCCAAGAGCUUUGCUGUCAAGACACUACAAAGGAACGAGUUUGCCAAACUUUGUGCCUUGACGCAUAGCGCCGGUGUUUCUGCCCCUGCGCCGGAAUUCCUGUUUGAGCUGGAGUACUGCGACCAAUUGAACGCGCGCUUUGAACGGAUGAGAGAGGGCAGGGAUGUCUUCUACGCCUUUCACGGGAGUCGCCUAGAGAACUUUCACUCUAUCAUUCACAACGGGCUACAUUGCCACCUCAACAAGAACUCGGUGUAUGGCGAGGGGACCUACCUCACCAGUGACCUCAGCAUGGCUGUCCUCUAUAGCCCCCACAGCAGCGGUUGGCGGGAAAGCCUACUGGGGCCGCUGCUCAGCUGCAUCGCCUUAUGUGAAGUCAUCGAUCACCCGGACGUCAAGUGCCAGGUGAAAAGGAAAGACUCAGAAAUUGUUGACCGUCAGCGCUCGAGGGCCAAGAACAGCGAGGCAGGGGAUGUGCCGGAGAAGUACUUUGUGGUCACAAACAAUCAGCUUUUGCGUGUUAAGUACCUGCUUGUUUACUCUCAGAGGAAACACAUGUCCAGACAUUCCCGCAACACCUCGUGGUUCCUCAGACACCACUUUGCCGUCAUGAUGAGUCUUUAUCUUCUGCUGCUCAUAUUUAUCGGCACGUUCAACUCCAACACGUUCACAUCCUUUUGGAACAGACGCUUCAGCUGACCCACCGCACUAAUACUGACUCGGUUUUUAUCCGCCGUGCCUUCAGCACUGUGACAAGACGCCCAUUGGCACCUUGACUGCACAUUUUGAUACUUUUUGUUUUCCUGCGACAGGCAUUUUCCUCUGAAGGUAAAAACAUACUCAGUGACAGUACAUAAUAAAAAAAAAAGGAGCUUAAACUGAGACCUUGUAGCAUGCUGUUUAACAACCCCGAUCCAUAUGUUGUCAAAAAAUAAUAACACACUGGCUGUCAAGUUGCACUUAGAAAAAAAGGUCAUGAUUCCAGAGGACACAGUUAAGUUUUUUUUAUGCAAUGUUUUUCACUUGUGUGACAAUUGAGAAAGUUAAACUGCAACUUAAAACAUAGCUUGUGCAUUUAUUAAAGUUUUUAUGAUAAAGAAAGUUUGACCCUGAAAUGCAUUAACUGUUUAAUGAUUUCCAACAGGAAAUUGAUCAAAAUAUGAACAAAUCACAGGAAACUAUUGAUACUGGUUAAAAAUGAUUCAACUCCUUAAAAAGGUCAUUUAGCUAUUGUUAAUAGCUCUGCUAGCUUCCUAACUUUGACUGAAUGCUAAAUUAGCUAAUAUCAGCAAUUGAGUUAAUACAUCUUACCCGUUUUCCUUUUGUCGUAUUGGACUGAUAUAUUUUCAAUGCUAGAAUCUCGUGGUUUUUAGGCUUAGAAAAAUUAUAUUUGAAUUCUCUUAAAGCCAUGAAUGAGAUUGUCUUGCACCUCCAAAUAUAUUGUAUCUGUUUUCAAAUGUAGCAAGUAAAAGCAGAGUUGUUAGAAAAAUAAACUCUCUUGUACUAACAUCCAGAUACCUGAAAACUAGUACAGUAAUGACAUAUUUGUACUUAGUUACUUCCCACCACUGCUAACCAGUAUGUAAAGCCGAAGUUGUCAAUUGUGUCCUCUCAAAAGGGAGUAAAAGACUCAAAUCUCGCUGCCGGCUUGCAAACCUCAAUGAAUCAUUCUCACUGUAUGUUUUAGGUGUUUUUAUUGCACCGCAAAUUUUGUAUUCUAUUGUACAAGGACUAUGAUCAAUGAAACUAAUUGUCGGCGAACGUAACUGAUCUGUAUGAGCGUAAAGUCUUCCUGCAAGGAACCCUAUUGUAAUAAUUGAGUGGUUAUUUCCAAACUUAUAUUGGGAAAAAAAGCACUUACUGGUAGCAAUAAGCUAUUGUAAUCAUGUCUUGUAUUACACUGAAAACGGUAAUGAAAAUAAAAUAUAUUCGGCUCAUGUA